AGCUCUGUUGUUGUUCAGUGCUGUGUUUGCACAGAGCCGUUUAUUCAGCUAGGUCUUUAACCUGGAGGACUUUAGAGUUCUGCAGAGGUGAUUAGGACAUUUUUUGUGAGAUGAACUGAAGACUGUGGGGUUCUGGAAUAAUGAACAGAGUAUCUUUGGCAUUCGUCACCCUGCUUCCAUUAGCAUUUGGCUCACAGCUGACAGGUCUAUUUGGAAGCUUCACCUCACCAAACUUCCCAAAUGUCUAUCCUAACAACAAGCGUAUGGUGUGGAAUAUCACAGGACCAGAGGGGCACAGAAUACGCCUCUACUUCACAUAUUUUAGCAUGGAGCCUUCUCAUCGCUGCGAAUAUGACUACGUUCAGGUGUUCACAGAAGGAAAUGACACAGUCCGGUUCUGUGGUGAAGCAGAGAAAAAUUACGGUGAUGCACCCAAAAACACCAUGAUCUAUUCUGCCACCAACACCAUGUCCGUGCUCUUCAGAUCAGAUUACUCCAACGAGGACCGAUUCACAGGCUUCCAGGCAUUUUAUUCCACCGAAGACAUUGAUGAGUGCCUGAGCACUGUGGAUGGAGAGCCUGUGUGUGACCAUAAUUGCCAUAAUUAUGUGGGGGGCUUUUACUGCACUUGCAGAUUGGGAUACCAACUCCACGCUAAUAAAAGACACUGCCCUGCUGAGUGUAGUGGGCAGGUGUUUCAGGAGAGGUCAGGAGAACUGAGCAGUCCAGAGUACCCAGGUGUUUACCCCAAGAUGAGCCGGUGUGAUUACACUAUCAGUUUGAUGGAAGGCUUCCAAGUGACCCUUGACUUCCAGGACGUAUUUGAUGUGGAGACUCAUCCUGAAAUCCACUGCCCUUAUGACAUCCUCAAGAUCACUGCAGGUGGAAGGGAGUACGGCCCAUUUUGUGGCAAGACCCCACCAAGAAAAAUAGAGACGGGAACUCACAAAGUGCAUGUGACCUUCCGCUCAGAUCACUCGGGGAAAAACAAAGGCUGGAAGAUCAAGUAUACCAGCACAGCACAGCCAUGUCCAAACCCUGUGGCUCCUCAACACGGAAGUAUUCAGCCCCAGAAGCCUCAGUACAUCAUGACGGACACUUUCAAUGUCACGUGUGAUCUGGGCUAUGAGUUAAAUCUGGGGGAAGAAGCUUUGCCCUUUUAUCAAGCCACAUGCCUGAAGGGUGGAUUUUGGAAUGGGCCAAUGCCUCGCUGCAUCAUUGUUGAUUGUGGAGAUCCUGUAGAAGUGUGUAAUUCAAGUGUGAAAUUCACCACCACCACAUAUAAAUCUGUGCUCAAGUAUUCAUGCAAUGAAUUCUACACACUGAAGGAAGGAACAAAUGGAGUGUAUACCUGUUCACACGACGGCUACUGGAGAGAUGCGCUGGGUGGAAAAAUACAUCAGAUAUGUUCACCCAUUUGUGGCCAGCCUGAGCUCAAGCUGUCUAAGGUGAUUGGCGGGGAGAAUGCAAAAAAGAAUGAGAUUCCCUGGCAGGUCAUGAUACGAAAGGGCCAGCGGUUCAUUGGUGGAGCUUCUCUUGUUUCAGACAACUGGGUCCUCACUGCUGCCCAUGUUCUGAAAAGCUUCACAGAUACUUCCAACCUGCAGCUGAAGAUGGGCAUAGUCACACAACAGGACACCGAGGCUGUAGUUGGCAUUCCGCAGAAAAUCUUCAUUCACCCUCUGUACCAUCACGAUGAUAUUAACUUCAACCAUGACAUUGCCCUGAUUAAACUGGAGCACAAGGUACCUGUCAGUAAAGCCGUCAUGCCUGUGUGUUUGCCUGGGACGGAAGAACGGUUUGUUUUGAAGGCUAAUGACGUCGGGAAGGUGUCUGGAUGGGGUGUGUCAAAUAUAAACAGACCCAGGUUAUACACCAGUAAUCUCCAGUACGUACUUUUGCCCAUCACUGAUUUCGAAGACUGUAAGGCUAAAUAUGAUGCCACAGUGACAGAUAAAGGCAAACUAGUAGUGACAGAGAACAUGAUUUGUGCUGGGAUUUCUGAUGGAGGAAAAGACUCCUGCCAGGGGGACAGUGGAGGGCCCUAUGCGUUUUUUGACACACAGAGUACAAGUUGGUUCAUAGGCGGUAUUGUGUCAUGGGGUCACGGAUGUGCCCAGCCUGGGUAUUAUGGGGUGUAUACUAAAGUGAGCAACUAUCUUUCAUGGAUAGAAGAAAUCAUGUCCAAAAACAGCUGAACAGUGUUGAAAUGUUUGACUUUGAUCUGAUAUGAAUUUAUUAUUGACCAAAUUAUCUUUACCAUAGCAGCUUUUCAUGUGAUAGUCAUAGACUUUUUUUUUUUUUUUUUUUUUUUUGGUGUUGUUUUAUUCAUCUUUUUUUGUGUAGCAUUUUGGUUGGCCUUUGCUGUUUGUAAAUGUGCUAUAUAAAUAAACUAGAGGCACAACA